AUGUUACUUAAGAAAAUAUUUGGUGUUGUUCAGUUUCUAGCAAGACAAGGAUUGCCACUACGUGGUGAUGGUUCGUAUGAACUGGACGGUAAUUUUAACCAACUCAUCAAGCUUCUCAGCAAAGAAGAUGCAAAUCUGGCAACUUGGACAAAAAAGAAGACAGAUAAGUACACUUCCAAAGAUGUGCAAAAUGAGGUGUUAAGAGUUACGGGUCAACGUGUUCUGAGAGACAUUGUAUCUGACAUUAGAUCAUCAGUGUUCACCAUUAUGGUGGAUGAAGCUACAGAUAUCAGCACCACAGAGCAAGUUGUUUUCGUUCUCUGCUGGGUUGAUGAUAAGCUUGAUGUCCAUGAAGAUUUCGUUGGUCUUUACAGCACAGCAAGCCUGACUGCAGACUCACUUGUUGCAAUCAUUCAGGAUGUCCUGUUACGGCUGAAUCUUUCAAUAGAGCGUUGUCGGGGACAGUGCUAUGAUGGAGCAGCUGUCAUGAAAGGGCAAAGAAAUGGUGUAGCAACUCAAAUAUCUUGUUUAGAAAGACAAAGUGUUCGUGAGGUGAAAAUUGUGAAAGAUGCAGUAGACACCACAUUUGAAUUAUCAAAAUUACUGAAAUAUUCAGCAAAUCGCAAGGCCGAAUUUCUGAGAUUAAAGGAAGAACUGGCACCUAAUGAUCCUGGCUUCAGAACCUUAUGUCCAACUAGGUGGACUGUACGGUCAAAGUCUCUGAGUAGUGUCAGGCAAAACAACUCAGUCUUGCAACAGAGCUUAAGUACAUUUGCAGACUUUGCUAAACAUGACAUGGAAACGUCUGCCAGAGUUAACGGAAUCAGGUCUCAAAUGGAAAAGUUUUCUUUCUUGUUUGGAGUCAUGCUUGGUGAGAGCGUAUUAGGUAUGGCAGAAAACCUUAGUUGUGUCCUGCAAAGUAAGAAGAUUUCAGCUGCAGAUGGUCAAGCUGCAGCCGAGCUGACGUUGGACACCAUGCUGAAGCACAGGACUGACUCAGCAUUUACCAAAUUCUGGAACAAAGUGGUCAAGCACAGUGAGACUGUAGACGUAGACGAGCCAGCUCUACCCCGGGAAAGGAGAUUACCUGCACGAUUUGACCUAUCAGGUGCUGGUGAGAGUUAUGUUCUGUUGACAGUAAAAGAACACUACAGGAUAAUAUACUAUGCUGCAUUUGAUCGGGUCAUUUCUUCAAUCGAGAACCGUUUUGACCAACCGGGCUACAAAGUUUAUUGCUCCCUUGAAAAUCUAUUGCUCAAUGCUAUAUCGGGGAAAGACUUUGAGGCAGACAUUCAGAAAGUUAUUGAAGUAUAUGGCAAUGAUUUUGAUCAAGACUUACUUCGCAUACAGCUAGACAUCCUUCAAAUUCCCUUUCCUAGCUAG